AUGCCCUUCGAAUCCGACUUGACCAUCGUCGAGGCCUUACAACAAUCCCGUCGACGGCUGUUGUACGAUGCCCUGCCUCUCUUCGCUUCGACGCGACCCGCUCGAGCCAAAUUUGUGUCAUCGACCAAUCUGCCACCUUACGAGCUGCAACACAUCAUCACUUUGACUGUAUCGAUUGGUCCGCAUAUGUUCGAGAGUACUCGUUUGUCGAGGGUCGCUUGGACCGCUCCGCAAGCUGCGUCGACGGAACCAGUUCAAGACUCGGAGGCGACGACGACGACCAUCACAACCACACCACUGGCGACUGUGACUCCGGACCUGGCAGCGACUUCGAUUGAAGCUUUGAUUGCUCAGAAUGUCGCAUCGUCGCUUUCCACCGCUGCGACUCCGGCCUCGACCAACGGCGCAAAUUUGAAUGCUUCCUCGACCUCGACUCGGCGGCCAGCUUUGGCUUUGCAGUUCGGUGAAGUACCGACGGAUACCUAUCUCGUACCACUACAUUUCAUAUUCGAGCCUCUCCCGGCUGGCAAGGCAAUUCUGAGCUUCAUCCUCGUCCCCGACGACUUUAAACGGCUCGUCGAUACUGCGACUACGAAGGAUCCACUUACGGGCGAGAUCAAGCCUUUGAAUAGGAAUUAUCCUGUACCCAUGUCGAUCAGGUUGGAGCAGUCGUUGAGUAAGGCGGUCAAGGUAGAAUUGGAGAGUUUGAGUUGUAGUAAAGGGAAGGAACGACAAAAAGUCGAGGUGUGGUGGAAUCGGAUGGUCAGCCGGAUCCUAAAUCUUCAUGGGCGGCAUCCUACGAAGGCUGACACAACUCUUACCACACUCAGAUCACGUUGAUGCCAACCCCUACGCAUAUUGUCAAGCCACGACCUCCGACUCCACCCCCACCCCCCGAACCUCGCGAUUUCUCCCUCUUCAUCUCAGCCGCACCAUAUGGCCUUCCUCCACGUUCAAACAAACUCGCCAGCGGUACACCAACAGAAGGAACACCAGGCUCUUCGACCUCUGGAACAUCCGCACAAGCCAACAAGAAACGCAAACGACCUUCGACCUCGGCUGCUUCGAGAAGGAGAUCUUCGGCUGCGACGGCGAAGAGGAGAGAGUCAUCGGUUUCGUCUUCGACCCCGGGGAGAGGCUCGAGUGCCACACCUGGGCAUGUUGAGCUUCUUACCCAGGCGGUACCGAGGGUGUCGUCGUCGCUGAAGGAGGUCGUAUCGGCUACGACGAUGAAAAGUGAAACAAAGACGAUCCCGGCUCCGGUCGUCGUACCGGCUGUGACGACCAAGUCGAGGAGUGGGAGAACUCAUCGGCCCAAGAGUUUUGGGCAGGAGUUUGAUGUGGACGGGGACAAGUAG